GGAGUCCCUCUGAAGAUUUGCUUAUCUCAGUUCUGUAAAUGGAUUCAAAAGAUUCAGCAGGAGAAGAAAAUCAUUUUUGCUCCUGGGGAUUCGGAGCCGUCUUCUGAAGUAAAAUUGUGUGCUUUUGUUACCUGGUCAGGUAAAACCAUGAGUUAUGAUUGUAAGUCCCGGUGGGUAGCAUUGAGGCUGAGGAGGUGGCUCAGCAGAUACCAGUCUUGUUACACAAUCAUGAGGACCAGAGUUGGGAUCCUCAGAACCCACAUAGAAGCCACAUGGGCACAGUGUUCUAUCUAUAAUUCAGGAACAUAGUUUCAGACAAGGAAUCCCCAGAGCAAGCUGGCUAGUCAGAGAGCUAAAACAGCAAAUCUGAGGCUCAGUGAGGAACUCUGCCUCAAUAGAUUAGGUGGGAAACAGUUGAUUCCUGAUGGCCGCCUUACCUCUACAUAUAUGUACACAUGCAUGUCCACAUACACCUUCACCCCCACACUUGUGAACAUGUGGCACAUACAUACCACAUAUACAUAUGCCCCACUUACUAAAAGAGCAGUAGCAUUACCACUAUGUAGUCCUUUAUUUCUAGUUUUAGUCUUCCUAACCUAGAAUUAUGCUUGUCGACCUCAUUGACCUGGGGAAGAAAAUCAAGGGCCACAUAGGUACUAGCCAAGAAAAGCAAAUUCAUUCAUAUUUUUAAAAUCUCGAUUCUCCAGGCCAAUAAGAAAUCCUGUCUCAAAAUAAGAUGGGUAGCAGUUGAGGGAUCCCCUGAGGCUGUCCUCUGAUCUGCACACCUGCUCACUUGCACCAGCACACAAGCACACCCACACACCUGCGCACCUGCACACACGCAGAAGAUAUUAUUUUGAAACAGUCAACUUAAUUUCUUAAUGACUGGGACUUGGGGGUUUGCCUAGAAUAUGAGUGUAGAAGAAAGCAGCUGCUAAAACCCGGGUUCCUGAAUUCUUGGAUUGAUCUCAGAGCAACUUAUAAGCUUUUUUAUAAGCGAAAACCCAAAGGACUAAAUGGUGCGUUGCAGGAAGUGGGAAUAGAAUUUUCAGGACGAGAACAUUCUGGCUUAGAUGAUUCUCGGAACACUGCUCUUCUUGCUUGGAAAAUGAUCAGGGAUGGUUGCUUAAUGAAAAUUACCAGGUCCUUGAACAAGGUUCUCACUAAGAGGAAUCCCAAGAUUUUGGUCAGAAAUUUGGGCACAGAUCAAGCUGAAGAAGCAUCUGCUUGCAACACUAGCAUCCAGGGUCCCAGUGCACAUCAAAAGGAGCCCCAAAGUACAGUAAAUACCCAGGAAAAUGCUCAAAUGAAUUUAGUUUGUGUGAAUUCCUCUAUAAAGGAUCAGUUACAGCUAAAAACCAAAUCAGGUCUUCACAAUAUCAAAUGUGGCUUAGCUCCUUUCACUUCUAAGCCCUCGACCUCUGUGGAACAACUGAAUUCACCUCUCUUUACGCAGAAGCAAAGAAGAAGUGAACAGUUAGCACCGAAUAACACUUCAAGGUCCUCGGUACUUAACUCCAACUUGGUACUUGUAUCUACGACCAUUCCAUCUGUUAAUGUUGUUUCUGAUGGAGAAGUGGGUUCUCCUGUUGACUGUUUACCUAUGUUGACUGAGUGGGAAGAUGUGGUUUUACUGCCAGCAUCUCAGGCUGAACAAGAUAAAGAUUGUGUGCCUCGUGUUAGUAACACAAAUGUAGAGACUUCAUUUAAUUCUGGAGAGAGAUCGAUAGUUUUAGAAGAACCAGAAACCCUUAGUUAUGAAAACUUUGACGAUCUCAAGGAAACUCCUCAAAACUUUGAGACACCUAAGUCUAUUGUGUAUAAGAGUCCUCACAGUACAGUCUAUAAUGUAAAAGAAGCCAAACAUCUGAGUUCAGAUGCUUCUGCUUUUAAAUUGCCCGAAUGCAAACCAUUUACCAUCAACAGUCUUAAUGCCAAUGCCUCACAUCCUUCGGUUUUGAGGAAACAACCUCUUUUAGGUGGUACUAAAAGGAAUUCAUCUAGUCCCCCAGCUUUCCCACGAGCCAAAAAGCAGACCUUCACUAUUCAUGAUGAAAAGUCUGCAUCAUCUACGUGCUCCCCAGGAACUUCUUCCUGGAAAGUUCUUUCCUCUGUAUUGACAUCCACAGUUAACCUACAAGAGCCUUGGGAGAGCAGGAAGAUGACACCUCCCUUAUGCAAGUGUGGCAGAAGGUCUAAGCGGCUUGUUGUUUCCAAUAAUGGGGCAAACCAUGGGAAAGCCUUCUACUGUUGCCCUUUUGGGAAGUUCCAAGAAGACAGAAAACGCUGCAGUUAUUUUAAAUGGGAACAAACACUUCAAAAGGAAAGAGCCAGUAGCAGAGCUCUAUCUCAUUCCCCAGGACUCACUUUCAGCUCUCCAGAAACAAGUCGUAUUCAUGAUAGAAAUUUGAGUUUUCCUAUUAAAAAUUCUUUACGACUCAGACCUUCAAUGAGAAAUUGAUAAAUUCUCCCCUAAACUGUCUUUUACUUCAGUAUAAGCUUCAUGUGACUUUUAUACUGGAAAAUAAAAGUAUCAGGGUCAAAUUUCAAGGUCUCAGUAUUCCUGCAACCACAGCUACACUGGAGCAGUUCACACAGAGGGGAAGUAAUUUGCAUGACUUUUACUCUUGCC